GUACUGCAAUCUCUAAAGUGCGCCUAUGUUGUGGUUCAGCCGGCAGCCGUUGUGUUAGAUGACGACAAAGACGAGCUGCAUUCCUCAAGCCGAACGCGCGUGACUUCGCAAGAAAAAAACACAAUCAAAACAGCACCCAUCGACCAAUGAUAGGAAAGCACGCUGACAUUCGGGGACGAAAGAAGGGGAGGAGAAUGGUAAAACAGGUGGUGGGUGACACGUGGAUCGUGGCUCGCAGUAGUCAAGGCAUCCGGGGCUCAAGAGUUGCGGGUCACAGACGGGACACAUGGCCCAGAGACUGCGAGAUCUCUACCCAGUCGGCGAGGACAUUACCGACGGCGACGUGGCCUUCUCCUGGAGCUGCCUGCCGUCGUCCCCUGGUUGGCAGAGACCCUGCAGAGGAAAGACGGCAGGGCUGAGGAGCAACGCCUCUACAAGCAACGAGACUUCCAGAGAGUUUCGCUACCCUAGACGGCAACGGAAAGAGGUUAACUUCGUGGAAUGCGAAGAGGGACCGGACCAAGAGUACCUGUUUUGCGAUGACUGCAAUAUGGACUACCCGGGAGACUGUCCCGUCCAUGGACCCUUAACGCCAGUCAAGGACACUGCGGUUCCCUUGGGUGACCCCCAGCGCGCAAACAAGACAGUGCCCGAGGGGUUGUGUGUGCGCCGUUCGACGAUCAAAGGCGCCCAGUACGGCGUGUUUACCAUGAAGCGGCUGCCCAAGAGGCUGUGCUUUGGGCCAUACGAGGGCGUCAAAGUGGACAGCAGCGCCGCAAACGGGUACACCUGGCAGGUCCGCCACAGCGGCCAAGAAUUCCUGGUGGACGGCCGCCCGUUAGACCGUUCCAACUGGAUGCGCUACGUCAACUGCGCUCCCGAGCAGAGCCAGCAGAACCUGGUGGCGUUCGUGCGCCAGGGUGCCGUCUACUACCGCACGUGCAAGGUGGUGAACGCCGCAGAGGAGCUGUUCGUGUGGUACGGGGACGACUUCGCCAAGCAGCUGGGUCUCAUCGGCAAUUCAGGGACACAGAGCAAAGUGGCCGAGGAGGAUGUUGCUGCGCCACGUGAGGUCUUCUCGUGUGAGGAAUGCGGUGACCUGUUCACCGUGAAAGAAUCGCUGGACAACCACCGGCGACGCGAGCACAGGCAAAAGACCCAAGGAAAACACAAAUGCGCCCACUGCCCCUACUCCAGCAACAAAAGUCACAACGUAACCAAUCACGAGAGGAUCCACACGGGCGAGAAGCCGUUCGCGUGCCACAUCUGCCGCCGGGGCUUCAGCCGGCGGGCACACGUCGACCGGCACCUGCUGAUUCACACGGAGGAUCGUCGCCACGAGUGCCCGGUGUGCGGCCAGCGCUUCACGCAGGCGUCAAACAUGGCGCGCCACCGUAAGCUGCACUCGGGGGAGAGCGUGCGCUGUCACGUGUGUCCGGAGUGCGCGAAGCGGUUCGCGCAGAGGGCUGCCCUCGCCACUCACCUGCUCACCCACACGGGCGAGAAGCCGCACGCCUGCGCCGAGUGCGGCGUGAGGUUCGCGCAGCGCGGCCAUGCCAGACGACAUGAGUUGGUAGUCCACGGCCGUCAGUAUCCGCUGCACUGUCCGCACUGCGGCAAGGGGUGUGUGAACAUGAACGCCCUUAGAGGUCACGUGCACGCUCGUCACCGAGACGAUGAGGACGACAAUGGAGCGACGACGACAAGUGAACCGACAACGAGAAAUAACACGACGACGGCAAAUGUACCGGUGACGAGAAAUAAAACGACUACGGCAAAUAGACCGACGACGAGAAAUAAACCAACGACGAAAAAUAGACCGAAUACGAGAAAGUAGACCGACGACGACGACAAGUAGACCGAGACCGAUGGCGACAAAUAAAACGACGAGGACAAUUUGACCGAUAACGAGAAAUAGACCGACGACGAGAAAUAAACCAACGACGAAAAAUAGACCGACUACGACAAAAGAACCCACGACGAAAAAUAGACCGAAUACGAGAAAGUAGACCGACGACGACGACAAGUAGACCGAGACCGAUGACGACAAAUAAAACGACGAGGAAAAAUUGACCGAUAACGAGAAAUAGACCGACGACGAGAAAUAAACCAACGACGAAAAAUAGACCGACUACGACAAAAGAACCCACGACGAAAAAUAGACCGAAUACGAGAAAGUAGACCGACGACGACGACAAGUAGACCGAGACCGAUGACGACAAAUAAAACGACGAGGAAAAAUUGACCGAUAGCGAGAAAUAGACCGACGACGAGAAAUAAACCAACGACGAAAAAUAGACCGACUACGACGACAAGUAGACCGAGACAGAUGACGAUGAAUGAACCGACAACGAGAAAUAAAACGACGAGGUCAAAUUGACCGAUAAAGAGAAAUAGACUGACGACGACGAAUAGACCGACUGCGACAAAUAAACCGACGACGGCAAAUGAACCGACGACGACAAGUAAACCGACAACGAAAAAUAAAACGACGAGGACAAAUAGACCGACAACGAGAAAUAGACCGACGACGACAAAUAGACCAACGACGACAAAAUAGACCAACGACGAGCAAUGAAGGGAAAAUCACACAGCGAAGAAAAGCUGGGCGAGGAGACUGGACUUCGGGCUCUGCUAUUUAAAAACGUAUGAGAAUACCAACCAGCGUGGAACGGUUAAGUGCACCGACGCGCGAAGUGGCAUAUACUAUAUAUGUUACGGACGAACAUAUAAUCGAAGCGGCUUCGCGAGGAUUGUAAUCGCAAUGUGACUGCAUAAGGGAAUCGUGAAAUGUG